GAUUCCGCUGGUCUGUUGGUGGCCGUGUUCGUCAGUCCUAUCCCCUUGUCUGGAGCGCGCGGCGUGGUGGAUGGGUUCCAUCCGUAGGGGUAGGGCCGAUGGAUUCCGCCGUAUCAUCAUGCUGCUCGGCGACUUUGCUCCUUCCACGUCGUGUCAAAUGCCACGGCUUCGUGGCAAUUGCCUCCCCCCGUGGUUUAUAAGUACCACCUGGCCGUGGUAGAUUCCAGACGGCAGUAUGGUGGUUCACGUGUUCUUUGUUUAACGGCAGUCAAGUGGUUCGCGUGUUCUUUGUUUAGGCUGGGAUUAGGUUGGAAAUCUUGGGUUGCAGAAUCAUCUUAUUUUAGUACUCCCAUCUUCUUUUCCAUACUGAACUUAUUCUUCUUUCUGGAUAACAAAUAUCCUCAUUGGUCUUGAUCCUGUGCAUGCCUAUUUGCUGAUGAUGGAAAGCCAUAAUUCAUCACAUCAUCAGAUUGCUGAAGUGAAAAUGGAUAUCUCACCAUCAGCUUCUGGAGCAGCAGGGAACAAAAUCUGCAGAGGUGCUGCCUGUGAUUUCUCUGAUGCCAGUAACACCUCGAAAGAUGCCAAGGAGAGAUUUGCAUCCAUGAGGAAGCUUAUAAUUGCUGUGAUCCUUUGUAUCAUAUUCAUGACAGUGGAAGUGGUUGGAGGCAUUAAAGCAAACAGUCUUGCAAUCUUAACUGAUGCAGCUCAUCUUCUUUCUGAUGUGGCAGCAUUUGCCAUAUCGUUAUUCUCUCUCUGGGCUGCUGGAUGGGAAGCAACACCACAGCAGUCUUACGGGUUCUUCCGGAUUGAGAUUCUUGGUGCAUUGGUCUCCAUUCAGCUCAUAUGGCUGCUUGCUGGCAUACUCGUAUAUGAAGCUAUUGUAAGGCUCAUUAAUGAGAGCGACGAGGUGCAGGGCUCCCUCAUGUUUGCUGUAUCAGCUUUUGGAUUGUUUGUCAACAUCAUAAUGGCUGUACUGCUAGGGCAUGACCAUGGACAUGGCCAUGGACACAGCCAUGGUCAUGGACAUUCGCAUGACCAUGGCCAUGGUGAUUCAGAUGACCAUUCACACCAUGAAGAACAAGAGCAGGGCCAUGUGCAUCGCCAUGAGCACAGCCAUGGAAGUUCUAUUACUGUCACCACCCAUCACCACCACCACCCAAGCACUGGACAACAUCAUGAUGCUGAGGAACCAUUGCUUAAGCAUGAAGCUGGUUGUGAGGGUACCCAAUCUGCUGCCAAAGCUGCUAAGAAGCCUCGCCGCAAUAUCAAUGUACACAGUGCUUAUCUUCACGUGAUUGGGGAUUCCAUCCAGAGCGUCGGGGUCAUGAUCGGUGGGGCUCUCAUCUGGUAUAAGCCUGAGUGGAAGAUCAUUGAUCUCAUCUGCACCCUCAUCUUCUCUGUGGUUGUACUGUUCACCACAAUCAGGAUGCUGCGCAACAUUCUUGAAGUACUGAUGGAGAGCACUCCCCGUGAGAUUGAUGCCACCAGGCUCGAGAGGGGGCUCUGUGAGAUGGAUGGUGUGGUUGCCGUCCACGAGCUUCACAUCUGGGCCAUCACAGUGGGGAAGGUGCUUCUAGCAUGCCAUGUAACAAUCGCAAGGGAAGCUGAUGCUGAUCAGAUCCUUGACAAGGUGAUUGGGUACAUCAAGACGGAGUACAACAUCAGCCAUGUCACCAUUCAGAUCGAGCGCGAGUAGGGUUGUCUUUAGGCUGUCAGGGCAUAAAUGGUGUCGCGUCUUCACUGGUUAUCUUGUUCUGUUGGGUACUAGUUUUUGCAACUGGGAAGACGUUGGACAGUCACCCAAGCCAUAAUGUGUUCACAAGUUCAUCUUGAUUCUAGCUUUGAAUGCUGGGUAGUAUCGUCUAUUACUAGUCUAUUAGGUGAAGGAAAUAUUCGGGGUGGUGUAGUCGUCAGUCAGUGCAUUCACAUGGAUGAAAUUUUCGGACUUGCUGUUAACUCCUUGUGGGUUCAUCGAAUUUGCACCUGUAGUUUAGUACCCUGUUUCAUCACCUUUAUGUAAGAUGAUGUUUCUGGCAUGGAAGAUAUGAAGUUAGUGCUUGGCCUAUUACCGUUUGUCUUGAACUCUGCUUUGCUUGUUGCAGUUGAAUGGAGGGAGCCUUAAACGCA